AUGCAUUUUGAGGCUACCGUGAAUUUCCUUUUUCUGUCGGCUAUCCAGCAAGAGGGCCUGAUUCUACUGUGUCAGAAUACAUACAGAAUUAGGAGGCAUUGUCUGCUAUUUUUAUCUUUAAAAAUACUUCCUCUGUGUCUGCGCGUUUCGUCGUUGGAUGCCAGCAUUCGUCUGCAAGAGUUUCCCAUCUUGAAUCGGUCAUCCGACUUGUUGCUUGUGUCUCCCCUCGUCACCGACAGACUCUGUGUUCUUCGACUCUCGGUCUCUGCUCUUCUGAGUCCGCCGUCCAGACGUCAUGCUGUGGCACGACUUGCCGAGUGCUUUCCGCCUCGAGGGUGUGAAAGACAGUGCAGAGUCGAUCGGUGGGACGGUGGUUGCAUCGGCGAGAAGAUGUGCGUAGCUGCGCUGCACCGGGUGGACGGACUCAUCGGCUAA